AUGUCGAACAAAAGCCACGGUUCGAACGACGAUUUUAAGCUCAUAACCUACAAACGUGAGAAAAAAUCAACAAAAUCGCCAAUUCAGACGAACAAAGCUUGUGCGGAUACGAAUUUGCCACCCAGGGAUGCAAUUGUAAGACGAAUUGAAGACGCAAAAUUAGAAGUAAAGUCGUCAGACUUGUUGGCUUCGGCGCUUGCAUCACUACGAGAAGGUACAGAAAUUUUAUCGCAGUCUGUAGUAACUGAAAUUAUUUGUUUCGGUUUGGGGAGAGUGGGUGAGUCUAUGAUUUCGAGGUUCCAAUUUGCUUUCUUACUGUGUUUAAAGGAUUUUUAUAACGUUGGGGUUAAAGUGUACGACCCUGUGUUUACAGAGGUCGAUUGUUGGUUGCUAGAGCAGUUCGGUUGUUUUGUUAUUAAGGAAAAUUUUGGGGCUAAAUUUAGAGUCACGGAUAAGUGUACACGGAUUUUUUACUUGCCGCAUUGUCCAAGACAGUUGACUAAUAAUCUCCUGUGGGCAAAUUGGGGCUUAAAUUUACACUACUGUGUCAUAGUGGCCAACAGUUUCAACACAAUCGUAGACAUCACCCCUAAUCGCGAUUUAAAUAAGUCGGCCGAAUACAUAGUAAAAAUCGUUCCACAUAUGGUAGAGCUCGCCCUCAUAAACUCGUUCCGGUUGUACGAAAUUUUCAAUGAUACCGCCAUCCACGUUUUCCCAUGGACUAAACUCAAAUUGUUGUCGGACGAUUUUUGGUCGUUGCAUCCCGAGCCAAAGUACUCAAAGGAUGACGUUGAACUUAUCACUAACGAAGUUGAUUUGAUAACAGACGCAUGAUUUUCACUUAUUU